ACGGUGCUCGGCAAUGCCCUGGUCAUUCUGGCGUUCGUGGUGGACCGGAGCCUCCGCACGCAGGGCAACUUCUUCUUCCUCAACCUGGCCAUCGCCGACCUGCUGGUGGGCGGCUUCUGCAUCCCCCUCUACAUCCCCUACGUGCUGACGGGCGAGUGGCGACUCGGCCGGAACAUCGUCCUUAUCAGCUUCGACAGGUUCAUCUCUGUCACCAAAGCGGUCAGUUACAGGGCUCAGAAAGGGAUGACAAGAAAUGCAAUAUUGAAGAUGAUCAUUGUAUGGAUUGCUGCUUUUCUUCUCUAUGGUCCAGCAAUUCUCAGUUGGGAGCACAUUGCCCAAAAGAGCAUCCUCCCUGAAGGACAAUGUCAUGCAGAAUUCUUCUACAACUGGUAUUUCCUUAUGAUUGCCUCUGCUCUCGAAUUCUUUACACCCUUCAUCACCGUUACAUACUUUAACUUAAGUAUUUACCUCAACAUCAGGAAACGCGCAUCCCUCAGAAAUGAAAACCUAUCACCUGGUCAAGACAACUGUGAAAUGACCUUCCAGCGGGAAAAAAGGGAACACACUAUAUUUUUUGUAAAACCUGCUAACAGACACAAACACGAGAAGAGAGCAAGCAGCCUUUCUCCUCAAAAAAAGGCUUCAAGGCUCAGCCUAUGUAAGCUUGACAAUCAGCCAAAUCUGAAUGUCAAUCAAGACCUUCCACCACUUCAGGUGGAAGUUGAGACCAAGCCUCAUAGGAAUGGUGUCUGCAAAACUACAGAAAGCAUAUGCAAUGGCACCAACAGAGUAGACAUUGCUAACACUAUGGCAAACAGAUUUAGACUUUCCCGGGAUAAAAGAGUAGCAAAGUCUUUAGCAAUUAUUGUCUGUGUGUUUGGUUUGUGUUGGGCUCCAUAUACGCUUUUGAUGAUCAUCAGAGCAGCUUGCCAUGGGCACUGUGUGCAGUAUUCACUCUAUGAGACUUCAUUCUGGCUUCUGUGGGUGAAUUCAGCCAUUAACCCUGUUCUAUACCCACUGUGUCACAUGAGCUUUAGGAAAGCCUUUAUAAAACUCCUAUGUCCAGGAAAAGCCACAAUUCAUCCUCAUAUUUUUAUGUGA